GCCUGUGAAUAUACAGUCAGCAUCAUCCGUGCAAGUCUUGUGCUCCAUGCUUGAGACCUGAGUUGCCUUUUUAUUUGCUCCAGGAGACUUCCCUGAACAUUUUUGCAGAUAAAAUGUUUGUCUGGUGUCUGCAUCCAUGUCUGUUUUUGGCCCUGUUUGAACGGAGAUUAGUAUAAAAAAAAAAAGAGUUGAAAUAAAUUGCGUUGAUGACAUUGAUGAGACACUGGUCUCUAUUAUUGUGCCAACACAUGCAGAACAGAAAACGUGAGAAAGUGGGAGGAGCUUAAUAUAUAACAUAGAAUUAUGGCUGGUAGUGUUUAGAAGCUACAUCAAAAAUGCAUGCAGUUUCAAAGGUGAUCAGAAAAACUGUUUUGAGAAAGAAGUUAAAGUUACAGUUAAAGUGGGCACUGACAGCCCUUACAGUGCAAAAGUUAAGGGACCUCUCUCACACACAGCGGGGCUAAAACACACUGCAAAAUGGGACUACAGCUUUGAUGCUUAACAUCAGGUCUCUGAACCCAUAUUAACGAACAUAAAUAAAUGACGUCACUCCUGGAAGAACUCAGCACUCAUAGUGUCUGUUGAAAGGUGUUCAGACACCACAGUAACAAGCAGAGUACUGAAAAGCUGACUAGCUGGUGUCAUAAAAGUGAGAGUCAAGGUGAACCCCUCCUGUUAUUUACUCCUGUAGCAACUCUCUCAUUGAGUUUGAUUGCCUGGAUUUCACCUCAUCUUCCUAAUGUGAAGCAACUUUUUCUUCCUCAAAACAGCUGUCAUCUAAGUAGCCCUGCCUUCCCAGGUGCCUGCUCUAAAUCUCUGAGGCACCCUGCUCACAGAAAGUUUCUUGCAGCCUUUAAAUGUCAGUCCUCUGAAUGCAUUUUGACCCUAUAUAGAAACCAAAGAGUUCAUUCAGACUCAAGCACUACUUGUAGACAAAUUCCUUUUGAAGCCUCCAGCACACUACUGAUGAUGGCUGAUGUUUUAACUAAACACAGGGAACCGAUGCCUUCACACAGAGUGACGCAACGGUCCUGCAAGGAGGACAAUGGGAGCCUACCCCUCUGCAAAGACAGAGACCACAGAUUUUAUGUAAAGGUAAGACCAUGUUCACUUUUAGUGAAUUCCUCUGUGAACAGAGGGUAAGCCUGAUAUUUUCCAGGAUAAAAAACAGAAAUUUUGGUCAAUUUGUCACCAUUUGUGAGUAACUGAGAAAGUCCUUCAGUGGCCUGGACACCCGUUGCCUCACACAGCAAUUCUCCCGGCAGCCAUCAGGCUCUCUCCACUGCAGAAAAACACGUGCAAAGUGCCAAGUUCACAACUCAGGCAUUUGCUUUUAGUUUGUUCAAUGCAAAAAAAAAAAAAAACCAAACAAACACACCACACACAACAAACAAUCAAAGAAACACAAUCCUCUUCAUAUCAGGCUUCUGGAGCCAACCAAAAUCCCAAAAUCAUGAGCAUCUUGUGCCUCCCAAAUAACGAAACCCUGGUGGAGGUGAGGGGGCGGAACAGUGGGUGUGGGCCGAGGCGGGGUGGGCCUUCGCGCCUCGAUGGGUACAGACAGACCAACGGAUACUUGCCUGCAGACGCCAUGGCGAGCCCCUGCGUGGAGUUGAGCAACAAGAUGAAGAUGCCUGUCCUGGGGCUUGGCACUUGGCAGGCUCCUCCAGGAAAGGUGGAAGAGGUGGUGAAGUUUGCUAUUGAUGCAGGCUACCGCCUCUUUUACUGUGCCUUUGUCUACCAGAAUGAAAAUGAAAUAGGGAAUGCAGUCCAGCAGAAGAUCAAGGAAGGGGCUGUGAAACGGGAAGACCUCUUCAUUGUCACUGAGUUGUGGAACACGUUUCAUGAGAGGUCCCUGGUUAAGGUAGCAUGCAAGAAGAGCCUCGCUGCACUGCAACUGGAGUACCUUGACCUCUACUUGAUAUACUUCCCCAUGGGAUUCAAGGCUGGUGAAGAACUGCAGCCUGUGGAUGAGAAGGGAAGGAUUAUCCCCAGUGACACUAACUUUCUGGACACAUGGGAGGCCAGGGAAGAGCUAGUGGACUGUGGUCUGGUAAAAGCCAUUGGUAUCUCCAACUUUAACCAUGAGCAGAUUGAAAGAAUCUUGAACAAGCCAGGACUAAAACACAAGCCAGUAAAUAACCAGAUCAAAUGUCACCCAUACCUAACCCAGGAGAAGCUGAUCAAGUACUGUCAAUCCAAAGGGAUUGCUGUAACUGCAUACAGCCCCCUUGCCUCUCCUAAUCAUCCAUGGGCCAAGCCAGGGGAACCUACAUUGCUGGACAAUCCCAAGAUUAAAGAGAUUGCGAUUAGGCACCAUAAGACCCCUGCUCAGAUUCUGAUCCGUUUUCUUAUCCAAAGAGAUGUGAUUGUCAUUCCCAAGUCUGACAAACCACAGCGUGUUGAGGAAAACAUCAAGUUAUUUGACUUCGAACUGUCUAAAAAGGAGAUGGAUGUGAUCCUCAGCUUCAACAGGAACUGGAGGGCCAUUCCAGUGCUUGAGUAUGUUCUGUAUUAUCUGUUAGUUCAAUUUCUAUCCAUAUUUUCAUCCUCCAUAUCUUGAAAACAUACAUGACCAAAACUAGGGAGAGCUCAUAUCCUAAACCCUUAACCCCAGGUAAUGAGACAUGUUCUGGAACUGAUGUCAAGAGGCAGAUUCAUUCAGGGAAUUCUCUUCAGUGCUUUGAUGUUGCAUGUGCUUGUUCACAAGCCUGUGCUCAAGUUUUGCUGCUUUCAUUAGUUUAGAUGCCUUGGCAGUGGCGGAGAGAGAAUGUAUUAGGGACAUGCUGCUGAAGAUACAUUCUACAAUACUUAAAUAACCAUUUUAUUCUCUUCUCGGUGCU